UCUUUCCCUCUCUCUCUCUCUACCUCUAACUCUGGCACUCUCGAGCUCAAGCGGUGUAUCACUGCAGAGACCCAAUCUUGUGCAUAAAGCAGUGACAAAAUGGUGGUUGCCCACGGCAGAUCCGGUGGAAUCGUCGAUAGUGGCCGGUCAGAAUCCAUUUCUACAGUUCUAUUGAACGAAGUUAUGGGAGAAGUAGUGCGAGUCAAAUCAGAGCAAGUAAUGGUGUCUGAUGAGGACAUCGAUCAUUCCAACUCUGGUGACUACUGUGAUGUUGAAGGUGAACUACAUGACGGAGUUUUCAGUGAGGAUUCAGGAAGGAAGAGCUCACAAGUGACGGAUGAGGGGCGAGUUCACGUCAAGUUAGAGGAACCGGGUGAAGCGGUGGAUGAUAUCGACGGCGGUGUUGGAGUUAAUGGAUCGUCGUACUCAUCGUCGGUCGACUUGCCGAAACCGAUGGAAGGGUUGCACGAGGUUGGCCCGCCGCCUUUCCUCAAGAAGACUUUCGCUAUGGUGGAGGACCCGAUGACCGACUCGAUUGUGUCCUGGAGCGAAGCUCGUGAUAGCUUUAUCGUUUGGGAUUCCCACGAAUUUUGCAAAAUUCUUCUCUCUAAGUACUUCAAACACAGCAAUUUUUCGAGCUUCAUUCGUCAGCUUAAUACAUACGGAUUUCGGAAGAUUGAUUCAGACCGUUGGGAGUUUGCCAACGAGGGAUUUCAGGCUGGAAAGAAGCAUUUACUGAAGAACAUCAGGAGAAGGAGCAAGUUUAACAAACUGCAACAACGAGGAGCAUUGACUUCCAUGAAACCCGGCCUGGAGGCUGAAGUUGAGAGACUGCGGAAGGAUCAGAACAUGCUGAAAGUUGAAAUGCUGAAGCUGAGACAGCAACAAGAGACUUCACAGGUUCAGCUUGUAAAUGUUAAAGAACGAGUUCGGUCUGCUGAGUUGAAGCAGUGCCAAAUGAUGCAUUUCCUGACCAAAAUGGCAAGAAGACCGACGUUGGUUCAGCAGUUAAUCGAGAAGGUAAAGCGAAAAAGAGAGCUCAGUGGGGGUGAGAUCGGUAAGAGACCCAGAUUGCUUCGAACCCAUUCCCCUUUGAACUUCCCUAAGGCCAUGGACACCAUUGCUGAUGUUGAUCAUAGACAAGGUUAUAAGGACUUGGCUUCAUUGCAAUCAGACCUCAAUGGACUCUUGUCUGAAACAGUAGACGAUAGCAGAACGCAGCCUUCAGCCCCUUUUUCUCUGAAAGAUGAACCGUGCAGUCCUAUAUAGGGAUUAAGGACCAUACUUCAAGAGCAAGCGCUACUGAAGCAUCUUCUGCGGCUUGCUGUAUGGUGUCAGAAAAACUGAUGGAAGAAAACUCUGUUGUUGAUGAAGGGCUUGAUGUGAAUGAUUCAAAUAUCUAUCUUGAAUUGGAGGAUUUGAUUAGCAAACCAGCUGAUUGGGUUGGAUCUGCAGGUGGAUUGAUGGGACAAACUGGUUGUAUCUGAUAGAUUCCUAUGACAAGGUUUCAAGAGUGGGUCCACACUUCACAUAGAUGCAUCUGCUGCAACAGCAAUGGUGAUGAGCAAAUUGUAUUUAGGCUCUUCAACAUGCCAACUUGAAGAGUGAGAACCCUGAUUGUUCUCACCAGUUUAUAUGGCAUAGAAGGAAGCUACAGUGUUUCAUCUUUUGGCUGGAGCCAAAUGUGAAUAUUCUCUUACGGUCCUCUUACAUCUUUCACGUGUUAAUUUUCGUAUCCUGCUGUGAUGGUAAAUUUUAGUUUUCCCACUUUGUACAAAGUCAUGUAUCAGCCAGUUCUCAAAGCUGAACCUCUUGUUACCACACAACUGAUUGUAAGAUGAUAAAACUAUCACUCAGGGACGUGUUGUGGAAAUAUAUGGUCCAGCGACUUCCGGUAAAACUACUAUUACCUUACAUGUGAUUGCAGAAGCGCAGACGCAAGGAGGUUUCUUUUUUUUUUUUAAUUACAAAAUGACAGGACUAAA